UUGCUGAACAAUUUCAGUCUAUAAUUUGAUUUGAAACCGUAAACAUGAUGUGCACAUGCUAAAACCGGAGUGUACAGACGUGGUUGUCGCUGGCUCGUACGGUGAUGAUGUUACCCAGGGUCAGGGCAUAUGUCGACUGUCACUAUUCUGACAAAGUGGUGGCAGGAGCAAAAUUAGCUUACUGUAACUUGGCGGUUAGCUGAACAAGAUGUACUACCGUCACUGCAAGUAACGUCUGGCUUGUUGGGGGAUGGCGGUCAACGUAUAUUCUACCUCAAUAACCCAGGAGACUAUGAGCAGGCAUGACAUUACUGCCUGGGUUAACGACAUUCUCUGCCUAAACUAUACGAAAGUGGAGCAGCUCUCCUCAGGAGCUGCCUAUUGCCAGUUCAUGGAUCUGCUCUUCCCUGGCUGCAUCAGUCUUAAGAAGGUCAAGUUUCAAGCUAAACUGGAGCAUGAGUACAUUCACAAUUUCAAACUGUUGCAGGCAUCCUUCAAAAGGAUGAAUGUGGACAAGAUUAUUCCUGUGGAGAAACUGGUCAAAGGCAGAUUUCAGGACAAUCUUGAUUUCAUCCAGUGGUUUAAGAAGUUCUUUGAUGCCAAUUACGACGGUAAAGAGUAUGACCCGGUUGCAGCCAGACAGGGUCAGGAUGCCAUCCCCCCACCUGACCCCGGUGAGCAGAUCUUCAACCUGCCAAAGAAGUCCCACCAUGCAGCCAGCUCCCCUACUGCAGGAGCGUCAAGGUCAAGCACUACAACCCCCAAGUCCUCAACACCGACAUCCCGACCCUCGUCAGCCAAAAAGAUUCCUGCAACAUCAACUCCUGCCAAAGGAGAGAAAGAACUGGAAGCACAGGUCACACAUCUUACUGAGCAGGUGAACACAUUAAAGUUGGCACUGGAAGGGGUGGAGAAGGAGAGGGACUACUACUUCAGCAAGCUGCGAGAGGUGGAGCUGUUGUGCCAGGAGCAGGGUGAAGAAAACGCCCCUUUUGUCGAGCGGCUAAUGGAGGUCCUUUACGCCUCGGAUGAGCAGGAAAGAGCGGAGCUUGCUGAGGGUGACGGAGAGGAAGUGGACCAGCAAGCCCACGAGGAGGCACCAGAUGAUCAGCAGGAGGAACAGGAUGAAUACUGACUGCCAUCAUCCUUCACUGCAGUUACACCCCUCUUUUUAAUAUGUGAGAACUGUUAAAGGAUUUUUAAUUUUUUCCUCAUGGUUGUUUUUUUUCUUUUUUCUUUUUUUUCUCCAAGACUGAGCACAUGAAGCAACCUCCUGAAUAGAAGCACCAUCACAGUUUUUAUUUUUUUGUAUCCCUCUGCUCACUGUUCGAUGUUUUUUGUGACUUUUGGUGAACUGCUGUGGCAGGUUUGUGGUGACAACCUCCACCAGCAGACAAGCUCAGACCAUCACAGAAGUUUCCAAGGACUGUGUGGAUGGAAAAGUCAAUUCAAAUCCUACAGUAGAUGUGAUGAAAUGCUGAAGUUUAGACAGGUAACGGUUACCUGUCAGUGCAAGUGUUAUCUUCCUAGCUUCUGUCCUUUUUCAUUUUAUUUUAUUUUUAUUUCGCAUAUCAACAAUAUUAAUCACAAGAAUGCAAUAAGCAAAGCCCUGAAAGGGCUCGUAGUAGCUCUUAUUUAACCUCCUUCCAUAUGUUGCACUGACAUUUGACUCUGUAUUGGACAAUCUGUCCAUAGACCCUCACCAUAUUUAUUAUUGUAAAGCCUUAGGAAUAGUACAAGAUUCUGAAUUGCAUCCUCAUGAAGGAGGACAAUACAGUCAAUGAAUUGUGAAUAAAAUGUAGUAUAAUGCCAACUUAUGACUGUUUGACAGCUAUCCUCACAAAUUACAAGAUUUCAGAUAAUCAGUGUGUUCCACAGUGUGUUAUUCACACCAUUCAAGGUGGUUUGGUAUUAGAAUUUACUUGUUAUGCCCUAAACAUAGGGAAGGAAGAAUCAUUAUUGUGGACUAGUCUUACUAUAAUGCAGCGUUUUUAAGUUUUAAACGUCAGCUGGAACUUGUGGCCUGCUCAGAUUUCAGCUGUUUGUUUCAGAGGUUUGUUUUUUUUUAAACCACAGGUCUUAGGGAGAUGAGUCGGUUCACUGAGUAAUUUGCCAUGCUAUAUUCCAGUAAGUACAUUGUAUACCCUUUCUUAAUAUUGCAUUUACUAAUAUUGAACUGGGCAGUGCACCAUAAUGCUUUAGUCAUAUAUUAUUGUGUAAAUGAAAAGGAAUGUAAACUUGUACUGUCAAUAAUUAAUGAAUGGUAAAUGUCUUUUUUUCAUGUCCCACUCAUUAUGCAUUCCCCAAAAACAACGUGUUGCAUGUUUGCAUUUUAUUUGUGAAUAACUUGACCUGCUUUUUACAUAUUUAAUAAAAAAAAAACCAAGUAUGUUAAGUGAGCUUUUGUAUGUUUAACCUGCUAUUUGAAAGAUGUUGAGAUUCGGAUGGAUUUGCUGUAAUAAAAAUACGU